AUGUCGCCUAAUUUAUUACAAACAUUUGUCCAAAACAGAGUGGCCGAGAUACACGAACUAACAGGAGAACUGCCAUGGCGUCAUGUCAGCGGGAAACAUAAUCCAGCUGAUCUAGUGUCACGUGGUAUGGCGUUAGAAGAAUUGGUGAAUUCAAAUCUAUGGUGGACGGGGCCCGAGUUUCUUCACGAUGUAAAUAUUGACACUACAAACAUAUAUCAGCCACUUCCCCUAACAGCUGACGAUUUGCCCGAAACAAAAGGGUGUCCUCAAGCUUUGUUGUAUAACAUUCGUGAAGAGUGGUGGCCAAUAGGAGGUAGGAAUCUUGCGCGUAAACCGGACGAGAUAUUUUCCGAUAAUGGUAGGAACUUUGUGGGUCUCAUGAAUGACUUUGCCAGGUUUUUAUCAAAAUGUAGUUCAGACAUUAUUAAUUACGCUAGUAAAGAACAAAUUAAAUUUCGCUUUAUUGUACCUUAUGCUGCUCAUUUUGGUGGUCUGUGGGAGGCUGGGGUACGAUCAUGCAAACACCACCUCCGUCGAGUCGUGGGAAAUGCGAAUCUCACGUAUGAAGAAUUGAGUACAGUAUUGGCGCAAAUAGAAGCAAUACUCAAUUCACGGCCUUUAUCACCUAUGUCUUCGGAUCCCACGGAUUAUCUUCCUCUCAGCCCGGCUCAUUUCCUGGUCGGUCGCACUUUGACAUCACCGGCAUGUGAAGAUUUCACAUAUGCAAACACGCUGCGGCUUACACGCUACCAAAGAGUUGAACAGAUGCGACAGCAUUAUACGUAA